CGACGGGAGACGUCUUCUCUCCAACGCCUGAUCUGACUUCACCCCGAAACCAAAGCUCUGAACAAUUUCCGUCAGGCGGGAGCAGGUCAAACUGCUGCGGAGUGCAGCAAAGGAUCUGUUGCGGAGUGGAGUUGCUGCGAAGACUGGGCGGAUGUACGUAUUGACCCUGUGUGUUCGCUGUUAAGACAUAUGUCGGAGAAUCGGGGAGAAACGGCAGCGAUCGCACGUCUUGUCCAGUCGGUGGCUAUUCAGGGUGGUCCCUGAGUCUUUUAGAACCCUCAUACGCAGCAGUACUGGUCCACGGACUCUCCGCCUGCUGCGCCCUGCAUUGUCCCGAUUUCUCAACUUUCGAUAUUCAUUGAACAAGUCAGUUACACUCUGAAAGAGAUGGAAAGUGCAACCGGGAGACAACAGAGGGAUAGC